AUGCCAGGAGCGGAGCCUGCAGCCUGGGAGCUGCAGCCCUCACACCAGGAGGCGGAGCUGCGGCUGUGCAACAAGCUGGCGGUGCUGCUGACGGAGCUGGGGGCCCUGCGCGAGGGCCUGGAGUUCGCCCACGCGGCCCUGGCGCUCAGCGUCACCCUGGGUGAGCGCCCUGGGCCGGGCUGCGGGCACCGAGCGGCUGACUACCCCUCGGUGGGCCAGCUGGCGCACAAGCUGGCGGAGAGCAACAUCCAGCCCAUCUUCGCGGUGACCAAGAGGAUGGUGAAGACCUACGAGGUGGGCACAGCCCCGCAGGCAGGUCAGGCGGCCGCCUUCAACGUGACCUUCCGGCGGGCCAAGGGCUACCCCAUCGACCUGUACUACCUCAUGGACCUGUCCUACUCCAUGCUGGACGACCUCAUGAACGUCAAGAAGCUGGGCGGCGACCUGCUGCAGGCCCUCAACGAGAUCACUGAGGCCGGCCGCGUGGGCUUCGGGUCCUUCGUGGACAAGACGGUGCUCCCCUUCGUGAACACGCACCCCGAGAAGCUGAAGAACCCGUGCCCCACCAAGGAGAAGGCGUGCCAGGCCCCCUUCGCCUUCAGGCACGUGCUGAAGCUGACCAGCAACUCCGACCAGUUCCAGACGGAGGUCGGGAAGCAGCGCAUCUCCGGGAACCUGGACGCGCCCGAGGGCGGGCUGGACGCCAUGAUGCAAGUGGCCGCCUGCCCGGCUGGCCAGCGUACCCACAGGGCCCCGCCCGUGACUGAGCCAGGCGCUGUGGGGGCGGCCAUGGGAGCUCGAGAACCCUGUGCUCAGAUCUCUGCCCUGAAGGGUGUCCAGGGCUUCAGGGCCGGGCUGGACAGGGCCAUUUGCCUAGCGGUGGAAGCCACGAGUCGCCGCCUGGUCACCCAAGAGUGCGUGGAGGGCCCCAACGUCGCAGCCAUCGUGGGGGGCACCGUGGCGGGCAUCGUGCUCAUCGGCGUCCUCUUGCUGGUCAUCUGGAAAGCCCUGACCCACCUGAGCGACCUCCGGGAGUACAGGCGCUUCGAGAAGGAGAAGCUCAAGUCCCAGUGGAACAACGACAACCCCCUGUUCAAGAGCGCCACCACCACAGUCAUGAACCCUCGCUUCACUGAGAGUUAGGUGCCUGGCGCCGCCCAGGGGCCCUCCAGGCGCCCAGAGGGACCCCACCCGCCUCCCCAGGCCCCUGCGGCCACCCCCCUUCCCAGGCCCGCCAGGCCCAGUCCCGCUACCCCCCUGGCUAUGCCCUGCCCGCCCCAGCCCACA